CAAACAAGAAACCCUAAUCUUUUCCCUUCUUUGUCUCUUUUCUCGAACUCUAUCGAUUUCAGGAACCGAAGGGAAGAGUAGACAUGAGCAAUCUCAGGGCAAUCUGUCGGCCUCACAUGGUCUUCUCUUCCUUCUUGUAUUGUAGACACCAAGAUCAAUUAGGAUUGUCUUUCCGUAAUACCAAUUACAGAUCUCGGAUUUCUUCUCCAUCUUUGUCUUCUCCGUUGCUCGAUUCCUUAGAUGUCCUUCGGAACAUGUCGGCAUACCGCUUCAAUUCCAGGAGAACAGUCGUCAAGGCAUCAAAGUGGACCGAUGAGAAAUCUCCUUACGAUACUCUCGAGUUGGAUAGAGAUGCUGAUGAAGAAAAAAUAAAGAUUGCUUACAGGCGGCUGGCGAAGUUCUAUCACCCAGAUGUGUAUGAUGGUAGAGGAACCCUUGACGAAGGGGAAACAGCUGUAGCUCGAUUCAUUAAGAUUCAAGCUGCUUAUGAAUUGCUUAUAGAUGAUGAAAAACGGAUGCAAUAUGAUAGUGAGCACCGUGUCAACCCCAUGAAGGCUUCUCAAGCAUGGAUGGAGUGGCUUAUGAAAAAACGAAAGGCUUUUGAUCAACGAGGUGAUAUGGCAAUUGCAGCAUGGGCUGAGCAGCAGCAGCGUGAGUUGAAUCUCCGUGUGCGCCGCCUAUCUCGUUCAAAGAUUGAUCUGGACGAAGAAAGGAGGAUCCUGGCAAAAGAAAAGAAGGCAUCCAUGGAAUAUUUCUCCAAUACCCUUAAAAGACAAAAUUUGGUUCUGAAGAAAAGGGAUUUAAUGCGGAAGAAAGCAGAAGACGAGAAGAAAAAAGUCCUCAUCAGUCGGCUUCUCGCAGCUGAAGGCCUUGAGCUGGCUAACGAUGAUGAUGAUGCAGCAGCAUAGACAAUUUCCUGGAUUACUGGAUUACUAUUGUGUUCCAACUGGGUAUAUAUAAUUAUACUGGGUUUAAGAAAUAGAAAAAUGUAAAAUCAUAUCCAUGAAAUCAAUUCAUUUAAAACCUUCACAAGAGGG